CAGCAGCACCAAGAACAAACGAAAUCGAGAUCCUGAAGAAGCGUCUAAUUCAACCUGAAGUCUGCUGUUCAUUGAGCGUUUAGGAAGCAGAGAUGACUGGAGUUGCUGUGACUGUGUGUCUGUUUUUCCUGAUGUCUGUUUGUUCGGCAUGCUACAUUUCUAACUGCCCUAUUGGUGGGAAAAGGUCUAUUAUGGAUGCCCCGUUGCGCAAGUGCAUGUCAUGUGGUCCCGGGGACAGGGGCCGCUGCUUUGGCCCCAGUAUCUGCUGUUCGGAGGGGUUCGGUUGCUUGAUGGGCUCCCCGGAAACAGCUCACUGUGUGGAGGAGAACUACCUGUUGACCCCCUGCCAGGCUGGAGGGAGACCCUGUGGAUCUGAGGGAGGACACUGCGCUGCUUCUGGACUCUGCUGCGAUUCAGAGAGUUGCACCACAGACCAAACCUGCCUCACGGACGAGGAAGGUGAUGAUCUAACCAGCCAGUUGGAAGGCAGCGACACCAGUGACCUCAUUCUCAGGCUUCUGCAUCUGGCCGGUCACGCUUCUCCUCAUCGAAUUCACCAAUGA